UCGGAGCUCGGAUGUGGAUGCGGGUCCAGUCGAGUCCGUUCCGAAGCGGUGCGGUAUCCGUGGGGCGUGGCCGGCAAUAAUCACAGUGAUCUCUCGGAAUCUCAAUCUCUCGCUGGGCGUGAAACCAAAGAAAAUCCAACUGUGAAGGAAAAAAAUGAAAUGAAUCGGAAAAGCGGUAGGAAAGUUGCGCCGGCGCAUGGAAAAUCCUUUAAAUGUGUUUACCCACCAAAAGCGACGUGAGUUUAACCAACACAAUGGGUUGAUAGAUGGGCCAAGCCGGGCGCCCGGGAAGUUCCCCGUUUCCGUUCCCGUUCCCGGAGCGGUCUCACCGCCCCCGAAAGAGUUGUGAUCCGUCGGCGUGACCUGUGUGACACUUUCAUUUGGCCGGUUAACGCCCACUUGAGGUCGAAAUUGAAAAUUUAACGGAUGCUUAGUGCCGCGGCCAGAUGCCUCGGCCUCCGAGCCGGAUUUCGGUCAUCAUUGCGGUAAGCCACAUGUGCCGAACGCCCCUCAUAAUGAGCACAGCGGAAUCUCAGUCGCUCUCGGAAUAUGGAAUAGGGAAUCCGGGCAGCUCCCAUGUGGACCAAUUUGUGUGCACGAGUUUUUGCGGUCGGACUAUGGCAACUGUCAGCCAACCACAACAACAGCGGGCACAACAACACCAAUCGAGCAACAGUUGAGGCCGCAACAACAACCAUCCGGCAUGGCCUCUGGGUUCGGCCUGCCCCCGCCUGUCCGCCCCUUCCUGGCCAGCGCUUGUGUUGUUGUUGCUGUGUGUUGAGAGGCGUAGCUAAAAACUGGCAACCAAAGCCGAGUGACACUAGCGAGAACGAGAGGCAGCGAGCACCCGUAGGCAAAGGCAAUGCGUGCGAUAAGGUUGGCAACAGCCAGACGCAGGCCCAGAGGGAGAGUGCACUCAGAGUGAGAAUAAGAGUGGGGAGAGUCCCCAAAAAGAGGGAGAGCUUUGGAGACUGGGAGAGCUUCCAGCAUUUGAAGCUGUACAUGAUGAUUAUGAUUGUGAGUGGCGCUUGUGUAACGGCAUGUGGAGCACAACAACUGUAAUCGCAUGAAUGGGGAGAGCGGGAGAGGAUGCGCACUGGGAUUUUGUUCUCGUUUGCUGUGCAGUGCGGGAAUCUAAAAAACAUUUUUUUUACGAUUUUAUUAUAUUUUGUUGUUCCGUAUUUCGAAAUUUAAAGCGCACGCCGCCGCCGCUCUCGUCGAUCACUCAAAUCAAAUCGUUUUCAGUUUGUGUAAAAAACGCGCCGGACACGGACACGUACGUGGAUUGCGGCGGACAAUCCCGGAGAAUCGAUCGAAUCGUAAUCGAAGUCGGCAUCGAAGUAAAGUGCACCUAACUGGGUGGCUCGCGUAUUGCCAGCGGCUUGGAAAUAUGACCAAGACCAGCAAGCCCAAGGACAAGGGGCCCAAAGCGGGGGUCAAUCUUCUGAAGAAGGCGGCCGACAUGAAGAUCCUCACGGCCAAGUCCAACAAUAACAACAAGCAGCAGCAGCAGCAGCAGCAGCAGCAACAGCAAC